CUCGAGUAAACGCUCGAUCAAUCUUCGAGAGACGGUUGGCUCACAGAAUAUGAAUUCAUGUGGGUAAAUGCGUAUUUGGGUGAGGGUGGAGUAUACUUCUUGUGCAGGCCAGAUGCUAGCAAGAACGCUGAGUGGAGUGUUGCAUACAUAUAUCUUAUAAUUAGCUUCGAUGUGCCAUGUCGUGUAAGCUAAUUGGCGUGAGUCAGGUGAGAGGAUAGCAUUGAUGUAGUAAAUAUCUUCAUCACAGUCAAAGUAUGCGAUCCGCUGGCAGGACUCGAAGGCCCAGAACUUGAUGGUGUGGUGACUGGUCCCAAGAAGCCCUAGUGAGCCUAAGUGAAGAGAGCACAAUCAAAUGAAAGUGCUAAACCAACGACACGGCGGUUGGUGUACGCUUUGAAGGGAACCCCAACAGUCUCCAGCGUCGACGUGUUGAACUCAUAGCUAGAUCUUGGCGAGGUCGUUAGCAUCCGUGAAGCUGAAAUUAAUGUUCAAUGCGGUCAACAUGUUUUUGUUUUUUUUUUGUCCAGGGACCAGAACAUUGGCAAAUCUGACAUUCGAUGUCUGUGUUUCGACAUCCCAGAUCUCAAGGCAAUUGCAUGUCCCCAGCUCUGAGUUGACUGCGAGCUUCUUCGAGUUUGUCGAGAAUCGAACUGCGCCUACCCGAGCAACACUGUUGAAUGAACCAGCCACAAGUUUGCCAGUCUCCAAGCUCCAUAUCCGCGCUGUCUAAUCCCAUGACCCGCUCGCCAGCAGCGUGCUGUCCGCCGAGAUAUCGAUGCAGGUGAUCCCUUGCGAGUGACCUUGAAAUUUUUUUAUGAUGCCGGUCUCAAUCUUGCAGGCUUUGAGCUCCACGCAGCUGCCCACACCUCCUCAAUCUCCUUACCCGUUUCCCCAUCGCCGAGUGGUCUUAUCCCGGGAUCUCCUGGUUAUUGGCUUGCCGUCUAUAACAUAGGAAAUGGACGCAGUAAAGCCUGUGUGACCCUCCAAGGUCAUCAUUGGUGUCAGAGUCGUCUCGGUUGCCGCAGUUGGCAGGUUCAAGUUGUGAUGACGUGGAAGCCAUGGCGUGUGUCUUCUCCCGUGGUGGUUGAAGUCGCCUAAGACGAGCAAGGUGUUCUUGCAAUGCGUUGUGUACGGCG